UAUAAUUAAUAUUUUUGAGAAGUGCUAUUAAAAAUACAUCUAUACGUAUUUUUAUUUAUAUAUAUAUCCAAAAUUCGUUGGCUGGGGUAGGGGGGAGGGUCUUUUUACGUGUGAUAGCCCUUAUUACAACACCCUGGGUGUGUUCCAGAGGGAACGCCAGCAGCGGUACAGCAGUCCGGUCCGCGUUCGAAAUUCCGCUGCUGUACUGUUACUGUCAAAUCGUUCCGCGUCAGCUGUUUGCAUGGUAUCUUUUUUUCUUUAAAAUCAUUAUUAUUGUAUCUUACAAUUACAGUUUCUAUGUAAUUAUUGAUUCGAGGAAUUCUUCGACGUUCACGACGCGGAAUGAAAAACAUGAUCGCGUCAUUUUCAUCAUCACUGUUUUCACUACUAGAAGACGAUAAAAAGUUAUCUAGCAAGAUUAGAUCUUCCAUUUCGUGAUUAAAAUUGUACAACUCUUUCAAUGUAUUACAUACUAUAAUAACUGAACUUAUAAUAAGAACUUUGUAAUGUUCAAGAGGUUACAACUGCAAACAGUACAAACAGAAUCAGCUGACGCGGAACGAUUUCACAGUAACAGCACAGCACCGGAAUUUCGAACGCGGACCGGACUGCUGUACCGCUGCUGGCGUUCCCUCUGGAACACACCCCCGACAACACAACAUAGGCCACGUGGUACACACGUGACGUAAGCACAGGUGUUGUGUCGUCUGCUACAUACUCUUUCUCCCUCUCUCUCACUUUUGCGCUAGCUUGCGCUUCGGUUUUUAUCAUCAGCUGCAGUAAGCCGUGGGCAUAAGACACCUAUCAGGAAGAUACCUAUAUGUUUAUGUAUGUGCGUAUAGCCGCACCUCCGGAAACGUCCACCUCUCUCCGCGGACUCAGCUGAUGCGUAUUUAGGGAAAAUCUCACGCCCCUACCACUGGCUCAACGCUCCAUCACCUAUUCUUUCAUUCCAACUCGCCUUGAAAGUGUUAUAAUUUCAGUGGCGCGCCGGGCACUACGUGCGUAAAGCAUAAAAAAAGAGUGGACUUCGCAUUAUGAAAUAGCGCGUCGAGGUUGCGAGUCGCGCAAAAAAAAGAGAGGAGGUAGUGCGGCGUCGCGGCCCAAGAUGAUGAGAGUGACACGUCGACGAAGCGAGCAUCUCCGUGGUGAACUUAUGGCAAGCCGGCUGCUUGACAGCUUCACCUUCAAACGCACAAUUAUAUAACCUUAAAAUAUCUUCAGCCCUUGGAUUUUAGUAAUAUUUGGGAUUUCGGAGGCUGGUGUUUUGGGUAAACAAUGGCACCGAAUAUACUUAAGAGUAGCCUGGAGAAUGCUUCGUUCAACAUUAUCUUCCAGAUAAUGUGUCGAUUCGUUACAUUCUUCCUCAAUGCCUUUGUGGUAAGGCAUGUUGGACAAAACAUUCUUGGGGUGAUGAAUGUUCGUCUCUUGCUUUUAGAAUCCAUGAUAUUGUUUUUGUCAAAGGAACCAUUUAUGAAAGCCUGUCUCACAAAUACUGCAGAACACAACUGGGCCCAAGUUGUCAAUUUGUUAUGGAUGACAGUUCCCAUUUGCGUUGCAAUGUCUUCUAUUUUUGGAUAUAUUUGGCUAUUUGUUCUACAAGCUCCAGAGGCUUUACCACCUUUCUACACUUUUGCUGUUUGUGCCGUUGCAAUUUCUUGUAUUAUAGAGUUGUCAUCGUUGGUGGUUCAACUUGUAGCCAGUGCAUUUUUAUUUGUUAGGCUUAGGAUUGUUUUAGAUACAAUUAUGAUCGCACUCAGAACUACAACCUUUGUGCUUUUCGUUAUUUAUAAUCCAGACAAUGCACUUUUGGCCUUUGGAGUGGCACAGUUGGUUGCAGCUAUUUUUUAUACGAUUAGCCACUAUGCUUACUUUCACUACUAUAUCAAGAGAGUGAAGAGGCACAAGCUCAAGAGGAGAUUAUCAAUGAGCGAUGAUGGAACAGAAGAAUAUGUCGAGUCUGAGUUUCCUUUCAUGUCAAUCAAAGACUUUCUACCUGGUCAACUAGAGAAUCAUGAUACACUCUUAGACGAGAAGCUAUCCACACUCACCAUUAGCUUCUUCAAACAAGGAAUACUCAAGCAAGUCCUAACAGAGGGUGAGAGAUUGAUCAUGACAAUUUUGCCAGUAUUAACGUUUGCAGAACAGGGUGUGUACGAGGUGGUAAACAACCUCGGCUCGCUUGCGGCGCGUUUUAUCUUCCGUCCGAUCGAGGAGAGUGGCUACUUCUACUUCACGCAGAUGGUACAGCGCGACCGUCCAAUAUCCCGACAGAAUUCAGCCAAUAUCCAGGAGAGCACAAAUGUCCUGAGGUAUCUCUGCUCACUCGUCACUUCGAUCGGCCUGAUCGUCCUAAUCUUCGGGCAGUCCUACUCGUCGCUGUUGCUCUGGCUCUAUGGAGGCGAGAAGCUCAUUGCUGACCUACCGGUUCUGCUGCUCAGGGCUCAUUGUUUGGCUGUGCUACUGUUGGGCGUCAAUGGGGUCACCGAGUGCUACACCAACGCCACGGCUGACAGCACUACCAUCAACAAGAACAACCUGAUGAUGAUCUACCAGUCCAUAGCUUUUCUCGUGACCUCCUAUAUUUUCGCCACCUGGUUCGGAUCCGUUGGUUUCAUUUUCGGCAACUGCGUCAACAUGAUUUUGAGGAUCUACCACUCGGUCACGUUCAUCAACAAGAGGUACUCAGAAACGAAUUACCAGCCGCUUUUGGGCCUCGUCCCGAAGCCUUUUUUCAGUAGUAGCUUGGUUGUAGCUGCUUUAGUCACCACUUGUUCUCAUACUUACUACUUUCCAGACGACAAGUUUCUGCACCUAUUCAUAGGAGUAAUAGUGUUCGGUGUGGUCGCAUUUUCCUGGAUCUACGAGAACUACGAUCUCCUAAAACUUGGCUUGAACAAGUGGUUCAAGCGACGGAAUAGAGACGACAAGAGCGAAUGAUCAUCGAUUGUUUUCUGUUUGUUUUGUUGUACGUACGUCUGAAUGUUCUAUCAACAAGGCAGUACAAAAUUUUACACUUGUAUAUUUCUCCAAAGAUAAUGUUACAAUACAAGCUUUAUUUUUGCAAAAAAGUA